AUGGGCACGUACGUAGAGGACUACCUGGAGAGCAUGUACAUGUUGCCGUCGGAGAUCAAGCGCAACUUUGACCUUAUGCGAGACCUAGACAAGACAUCCUACCCGCUCUUUGAAGAACUUAAGAAAGAGCAAAAAGUGUACUUGAUCGACUCGAGACAAAAGGUGCUUGCUCGAUGUAACGACACAACGAAAAGUGAACCUACGGAGCAGGAACUGCGAGAGAUUAUUGGUGCCAAGGAACAACUGGAGAGUUUGGAGGAGAAACAUGCUUUGGUGGUGCAAAAACUGGACGAGAAGAUUGCUAUUGCAGCUCAGAGCUACGACAUUGUGGACCACCACAUUCGUCGCCUCGACCGAGAGUUGGAAAGCUAUGCGGCACUUUUAAAAGCUAAUGGAGAAUACCAGGAAGAUAGCCGGCCUCAGCGCAAGAAGCAGAAGGUAGCUGCUACGACAGUGCAUCAAGUGCAAUACAGCAGUCAGAGUCAUGCAGCCCCUCACGUGGCCAAUGUCCGCAGUAAAAACAGUGUAGUAGCAGCUUCAGGUACUGGCAUGAAGGACAAGUCGUCGGUUUCUGCGGUGUCAAAAGCCUCUGGUGGAGGGAGUUCGUCGUCCAGGAAGAGACCAACCACUGAAACUACUGUGGUGGAGCCGGUUGCCUCUGAGCCAAUGCUGCUGGCCUCGGAGGAUCUGCCAAUUGAUCCAAACGAGCCGAUUUAUUGCAGUUGUCGUCGCGUGUCAUUUGGACAAAUGGUGGGUUGCGAUAACGACGACUGCAAGUACGAGUGGUUUCACUUCAGUUGUGUGGGACUCACGGAUCAGCCGCAAGGCAAGUGGUACUGUCAAGAUUGCAAGACUCAGCUGGGGAUCAAGUAA